AUGUCACAAGUAAUAAAUGUAUCCACAAAUAUCUCAAAUUCAUUAUUAUUAAAAAGUAAUGAAUUAUCCUUGAAAUUACAACAAUCUUAUUCAAAUGCAAUUGAAGAAAUUGCUCUCGAAAUGAAUGUUGAGUUUAUUAACUUCAACGAAUUUGCCAACGUUAGCGAAAUAAAAAGUGAUUUAUAUGGUGAUAAUGUGAGAAAAGCCGUAUGGAAAGAAAAAUUAUGUCCCGUUUUCUUAAAAUCCGUCCCCGGAUAUAGUAUUGAAGACCACCAUAAAAAAUUGAUUGAAGAGAUUCGACGUGCGUCACUGAAUCAGAACUGUGAAAAUAUAAUACAAUUACUCGGAGUAUCCGAAGAUCCAUCAGAUAAAAGCGCCAUACUUGUAAUACAACAUCCUAACGAUGGUACUCUAAGAGAAUAUUUGGCUCGGCACCCAAAUUUAGAAUGGUUCAAAAAGUUGAAUUUAGCUAAAGACAUCGCUCAAGGAAUCAGACAUUUACAUCGAUCAGGAUUUGUUCAUGGAGAUUUGCAUGCACAAAGUGUUUUUAUUGACGACGGCAAAGCGGUUAUCAGAGACCCGGGAUUAUUCGAUGGUAUCCCAUACGAUGAUCCCGUUAAAGUUGGAAAUAGCGUGAUUAUUGCUGAUAUAAGAGCGUCAUCUGAAGAAUCAAGAAAAUCUCAUGAUUACCUACACCAAAUUUCUUCACAAAAUUCACAAGAUUCACAAGACGAAGUAAAUCAAGAUUCAAUGGCCGAAAAACCAUUACCAUUACAAGUUCCGAUAUCCAAAUAUCAAGACGCUAAUUUAAGCGAACCAAUAUCUCCGGAUACAAUAGCUAGAAUGGAUAAAGAAUACGAAGAGUUCAAAAAACAAAAAGGAUUGAAGAAAUUUAAAUCAAAAAUCUCAAAAAUAUUUAAGAAAAUGUCGUGUUUUUCGUAA